UCCGCGGAGUUCGCAGGCAGACAAAAGCACCUGUGGAAGAACCUCCCAAGAGGGAAGGGAGCGCGAGACUACUCCAGCCCAAAAUAUGAAGAUAUCUGUGACUAUUUUCACAUUAUUAGCAACGGAGUUUAUUCCCCCGAUAAGUACGGCGUUCUCUAGAACUGCGGAGGACUUUGAUGAAUUGGGAUAUGAGCUGGACAGUUCAGGAUCUGGUUCAGGAGACUGGUCAGAACAAGGCAGCAGUUCUUCUGAAAGAUUCACUGCAAAGACAGAAAAUGAAAUAGGAAAAAUCAAGAAUAUCCCCCAGAGCAAUGGUGAAGACAGACUCAAUGCAGCAAAAGCAAAGGGUGGUGCCAGGAAUAACGAUGAUUCAGGCAUGAGCUUUGACGUCCCACCUUGGGGAGGCAAUGACUUUGGCUCAACCAUAGGUGCAAAAACCAAGAGCUUUCUGCAGAACAAAGAAGUCCUUGCAGGUGUCAUUGCAGGAGGAGUGACAGGACUGACACUGGCCACUGCGGUGGCAGCUGUCAUAAUCUACAAAUGGAGGUGGAAAGAUGAGAGAACAUACACUCGAGGCCAGCAGAUUUUUCCAAACAGAGUAUCCUACAUCUAAGAUCAAGGGAUUCAGUCUUUUGCUAUUCCCACUACAGAUAUUGACCAACUAUUCCUUUUCAAAUCUGUUGUCUAAUAUGGUUUUGUAAUAAUAGAAUGGUUCUACUGUGCAUUUAUUACCUAAUAAUAUGUUGGGAUGUGUGUCAAUUCAAUUCAAUUCAAACUUUAUUUUGGACUCACAAGAGGGUCCAGAGCAUAUAUAUGGUAUAAAUAGAAAAACGGGCGUCCAGGUAGGGCAGCGGUCUAUUCCGUUGCCUACCAACACGGGGAUCGCCGGUUCGAAUCCCCGUGUUACCCCCGGCUUGGUCGGGUGUCCCUACAGACACAAUUGGCCGUGUCUGCGGGUAGGAAGCCAGAUGUGGGUAUGUGUCCUGGUCGCUGCACUAGCGCCUCCUCUGGUCAGUCGGAGCGUCUGUUCCGGAGGGGGGGGGCGACUGGGGGGACUAGCGUGAUCCUCCCACGCGCUACGUCCCCCUGGCGAAACUCCUCACUGUCAGGUGAAAAGAAGCGGCUGGCAACUCCACAUGUAUGGGAGGAGGCAUGUGGUAGUCUGCAGCCCUCCCCGGCUCGGCAGAGGGGGGUGGAGUAGCGACCGGGACGGCUCGGAAGAGUGGGGUAAUUGGCCGGAUACAGAUGGGGGGGAAAAAAGGGGGGAAAUCCAAAACAAACGAAAAAGACAUACAAGAUAAAAUCACAACAAUUCAUCGUUCAAUUUAGAAAAAACAAUAAAGUUCACAUGUAGGCCACCUCACCAGUGUUUUCUGGGCCUGGAUGAGUCCUGAGAGCAGCUCUUCCCAGGGCUGGUGAAAGCCUCUGUGAGGCUGUUUAUACCCGGCAUUAACAAGUGUCUUGGGUGAUUCGGUCACAAGUGGACAGGAAGUACGUCAGUUCACACCUGCUAUUAGACCGUCUCCGCGUGCAUCUCGAGUGACCGCUUGUGAUCGGAUCUCACUUUCCCGCUCUACAUGCAAAUAGACGGGGACGUCACUGUGGAAGGGGGUGUGGUUUAGCCUCGGCUGCAAGAGAGAGGGGGCGUGACUCGCCGAGAGCCGCGCACCGGCUCGUGCGAGUGAAUGAAUGAAAGACAUUGUUAAAUUAAGCCUGUGUUAAUUACCUAAAACCACCUUCAUGUCGAACCCUCCUCGUGGCAUGUGUCACAAUCACGUAAAUAAACACGUAAACACGCCCAGAAGCACGAGAGGAGAGGAGUCGAACUGACGGGCAUUUAACAAAAUGAGACAUCAUUGCCCACUCGAGCCUCAUUUUAUUGUCCCGUCAAUUAGUGUGACGUAUUUCACAUCAGUAAGUUAUUACUGUCAGUUAUUCUAUCAAAUGAUAUUGUCAUGGAAAAUCUGAAGCGCUUUCAAUAAAUCAUCUCAUAU